GUCUCGGAAUUGAGUCGAUUUGCUUCCGGGGUCUGAGACAUCAUGCAGUCCCACGUGUGAAAAUGUUACAAAGUGCUCUAUAAAAUCUAAAAUGGGGAAAAAUAAAACAAAUAAAUCCAAGGAGACCAAACAGCAAACAGGCAAGACCGGAGACGAGCCAAGCAAGAAUAAAUUUAAAGGAGAUGGCAAAACAAAGAAACCCAAACAGGAGGAUCACCUGCAGCACAUCCCGUUCAGGCUGCGAGAGAUCAUGAAGAGCAAGGAAAAAAUGAAAGGCGCAUCUCUGGGGAGCAAAAAGCUUAAAAAGGCCAUCGCUGUGCAGUCUAAAGCAGAAGAUGCCACUGAUGGAGACAUCGCUGUCCCUCACUUCAAGAGGGGGAAGAAAGAAAGUGUUGGUGCCUAUUUGAGGCGAAUGGAGAAUGAGACAAAUUAUGUUUCCUUCCUCACAAACAACCAAGUUGAGAGAAAACCCGAGCUUGAUGCAGACAAACAGGAGAAGUCUGCAGAAAAGGGGAAAUCUGAGAAGAAGAAAGAGUAUGAUAAAAAGAGACUGGGCAAGAUACAGCAGAAGAAGCUGGAUAAACAAGAGGAUAAAAUGGAGAAAGAGAUGUUUGUAGAUUAUGUUCCAUUUGGUGAAGUUUCCAUGGCCCCGCCAUCACUAAGCACGAAACCAAAGAAGGCUCCGCUUAAAACUCAGAAGGCGUCAAAAGAGCUGCUUCUCAAUUCUCUGCUCGGCCACACUGUAACUUCGACAACGAAGCCCUCAAUGGCCAGACAGAGACUGAUGGAGGAAGAGAGGCAGCGAGCAGUGGAGGCGUAUCGCCUGCUGAAGAAGCAGAAACAACAGGAACACCAGACAAGAAAUGCCCGUCUGGGAAAACUCUUAAACCUUGAAUGAUAUGCCACUUAAAUCAGUGUAUUUACCCAGUCCCAGCUUCUGUUAUGGAAUACAACACACCUUGAUAUGCUGUAUCUGAUAGAAAGAUCUCCUGCACCUUUUAAAGAAAUCAGGUUUGAUUUAAAACUUUACACCACGUAAAAUAACAGCAUUCACCUGCUAUUUCCAUAAACAGGAGCUAAAUGGUAGUAGGUCACUCAUAUAGAGGAGAGGCUGUAUAAUAGAUGGAAAACAUCACAGGUGUCCUAUGCUGAUUUAUCAAAGGGAUAUUUGUGUUGAAUGUUUGUUUUUUCAUAAAUGCAUAUUUGCAUUUACAGUGCCUAUUAGUGUUUGUGUGAGAUUACCCUAAAAUGCAAAACAUCCACCUUUUGAUAAAUCCGGUUGGCAUCAUGUAAGAAAUUCAUGCAUUUUUAACAGUAGAAGGGUCUUUUUUUAAUUUUAUUUUGGUUCUGAGGAUGAAAAAACACU